GUUCCCCCCUAGGCCAUGGUUGCUUCGACCCUCCUCAACUACGCCCUCGUCGUCGCCACCAGCCUCAGCGUCGCUCAUGCUCUAUCCAUAUCUGACCGUGAAUACACCAGUCAUCGUUAUCUAGAUCCAUGGCACCGUCAGGAUCAUCCCGUUCACGCCCUCUUCAAACGCGGUCCUACUGGCUCAGAUGGUAAUUCAUAUCCACAAGUCGGCACUGAUGGUUGGGCUCAGCAGUUCCCUACUAGUGGCGUGACUCCAGGCGCUGAUCGCACACCUCCGCAAUGGCUCAAUCAAUUGAAAAUGGCACAAGACGCCGGGAAAAUUCCCAAUAUUCCUCAAUCGACCCUUAACAAUGGCAACCCCGUGUACGCCAACAUGGAUGCAGGUGGUCCUGAGAUCUGUUCCUCGACGUACAAAUGCCGCAGUCCGGACGAUAUUUAUGACAGUCCAAAUGGGUAUUUCGCCGUAAGUUUCGACGAUGGUCCGCUUCCGCCGACCACGACUCUUGUCGACUUCCUCCAGAAGAACAAUGAAAUCGGCACACAUUUCCUGAUCGGUUCCAAUGUUCUGGCUAACCCCAAUCAGUUUCUUGCUAUCUACAAUUACGGAGGCGAUUGUGCUGUUCAUACAUGGACGCAUCCCUAUAUGACUACAUUGACCAAUGAGCAGAUUGUGGCGGAACUUGGGUGGACGAUGCAGAUAAUACAUGACUCCACUGGAGGAAGGGUGCCCAGAUUGUGGAGGCCACCAUACGGAGAUUCUGACAAGCGAGUCAGAGCCAUCGCGAAGGAGGUCUUCGGGUUGUCCACUGUUAUCUGGAAUCAAGACACGGCCGACUGGAAUAUCUUCAGCGGGAAACAAAGUCUCGAUGGCAUCGACAAGGCAAUGGAUGGCUGGCUUACAGGCUCCAAAUCUCCGGGACUUAUGAUUUUGGAACAUGAACUUAGCGAUCAAACCGUCCAAGCCUUCAUGGAUAACUAUCCUAAAAUCAAAACUAAUGGCUGGAAAACUUCCUCCCUUGCCAGGAUUAUUGGAGGAACUGAAGCCUAUCAAAAUGUCCAAGGAGAUCAAGUCACGCCAGCGAGCGUAUACCUCAACGGCACGGGAACCAAAUCAUCAACUACUACGUCAAGCACUACGUCCACUACUUCAACUGGAACCUCCUCUACAUCGACAACGACAAUGGCGUCGUCUUCUACGGGUCACUCUAACUCGGCCGCAUCGACGUGGAACGCCCUCUUCACACUGUCAUCGACUUCACUUUCCGUUGUGGUUCCUAUGUUACUAUCCCUAUUUUCAUGAUAUCACGAGUACGAGACGAAAACUACAUGAACAUCCUAGCUUCACGCUUCUCACGUCUAGUUAUUCAAAUUUUUCGACGGUCCUACUCCUAUUUCAGUGCACCAAAAUCUCAUUUCAAUUCAAGAUCUUCACAAUUGUGAUGGAGAUGGACUUUUCCCUCAUACGCCGUUCACCUCCUGUCUCCGGGUGUAGCGCCGUCGCUUAGACACAGCCUACCCAUUGAACCGCCAUUCUGUUACCUUUUGGCCCCUCUGCCUAUUCAAAUGGGAUACAUAUUAAAUAGCAUUCUGCAUUCAUACCUAUUCUAUUUCUCACUCCGGACAAUAUCCAGGAUCGCAUGUUUCAUGUAACUCAGUACAUUACAAUCUUGACUUAUCCGUCAUUCCUACUUUAAAGAUGCGUAAUCACAUGCAGUGGAACAGCAUAA